AUCGAAUCCGACGAUGCGGGGAGUGGAGAAGACGAAAUGAGGAAUAGCAAGAGAGAGGAGAAGGGCGUCAUUGACGAGGUGGAGGAGCUGCUGCGAGCGGCUCAGGACGACGUCCUCUUGAAGCUCUCUCUCAACUCCCACAUCGCCCGCUCCUCCUCCUCCGAUCUCCACCCCGAUCUCUCCCGCCGCUUCACCGCCCUCAAAUCUCCCCCCUCCGCUCCCGCCGCCGCGCCUUCGCACCCACCGCCUCCGGCUUCGGCUCCGGCUUCUGCUCCUGCUUCGGCUCCUUCUCCAUCUCCUCGUCAGGUCGAUGACGAGCUGAAGGCCGUCCUGGGCGACGAUCUGUCGGCUCGGUUCGCCGCGCUCAGAGGAUCGCUGUAUUCUUCGUCUCCGUCUUCUUCGUCUACGUCCUCCGCUGCGGCUGCCGGGGCUUUCGGCCCUAGCGCGGCGGCCGACGGUCGCGAUCGGCGUGAGAAUGGUGGUUUGAAGAGCGGCGGCGAGGAUGAUGAUCUGAAGGAGGAGGAUGAAGUGGAGAAGCUCAUUCAGUGGGCGGUGGACGCCGCUCGUCUCGAUCCGUCUCCGCCUUCGGAUGACGACGAUGGUCCCAACGACAUUGAUGAUAGUGACGACGACGACGACAGUGACGACGAGAGGGAGCAGAAGAAGAACAAGCGGAAGAGCAAAUAGCGUAACAUGAAAGUGUUGCUGAGAAGUUUCGGUUCGAUCAUGUCAGCAAGGAUAAUCUCAUAAGAGCACAUAGUUGUGCAGUCGUUGAGUUUCAAGGUGUUUAUUUUGGUGUCUCUUUCGCAGCCUUCCCUCACGAGUAAUUUUCUUGGGUGAUGAGCGAAUUUCAUGCAAUCCUAGUUGUUUUUGAAGUUGAUGUAGACUUGGAGUUUGGAGAGAAUAAUGUACAUCAGUGUCUGACGCUAGGAAAUGUUAUACAAUUGAUUUUUUGCUCUUACUUUA